AUGUCUUCCUGCUUCGGAUCGAGGAAGAAGUCCAAACAAAAUGGAGACCGUCAACCUUUACUACCUCAAUAUGAGGAUGAUACGUCACUGCAGAGAAUAGCCCACCAGAAGCUACACACAUAUCAAAUGUUUAGAGCACUUUCCAAGGGGUUCAUGCCAUCAACUGAGCAGACCAUCGUCAACCUGAGGACUCUUCUGGCAUCCGAUGUCCUGACUCCAGACACUCCAGGGCUGAGUGAAAGUGGACGAAAGCUCAUGAAAUACUCCAAACAGUGGCUGCAAGAAUUCAUCGACUUGUUGAGGAACAAGAAUGAAGGGGACCAGAUUCAAGAUUUCAUCUGGUUUCUGAUCCAUGCCAGAAUAUCUGUGGACACGAAUGAUUUGAUUCGGACGGCGAGGUCAACGAGAACAAAAGCAGAUGCUUCGGCUGCUUAUGAAAGCAUUAAGACUGUUGGAAGUCUUCUCCUGACAAACUCCGAUUUCAGGAUAUUUCUCUCCGACCUCAACACCAUUGGGCGGAAAGUAUUCGCAGAUACUGCCAACACGAUUUCAGAUGUCGCUGAAAAUGCCGCAAAUAAAAUUGAGCCCUCGUCCGCAGAGAGUGAGGCGUUGAAGAAACCUGGCGGAGAGAGUAGCACUGCACCUACGGCGGCGGAGCUCGAAGCCGAAGCCCUUGAAGUUACGGACGUCGUUGCAAAUGGAAUCAAGAAGGCAGGAGAGGAAGCUCGUGACAGUUUGGCGGAGAACGUUUCUGAUCAACAGAAAGAGACCUUGAUCCACCGACUGAAGGCAGCCGUCACGAAAUUGAGACAGAGGAAUGAUUACACAGAUUCCGUUUCUACCAUCGGUCUGUUGAUCAAGAGAUACGCCAAAGUCUACUCUAGAGCCGUGGACAAGACAAUAAAUACUGUUCAAGAGGACGUGGAAUCCAAUGAGGAACUCGACCGAGCUAUGAAGAAUGGAUGGUCACUACUCAGUUCAUUCGGUGACAAGAAGGCUUGGAAAGAAUUGCAGGAGAGAUUCAACAAGGUCAUGGAGCAUGCCCAGAAAGACCCCGAGUUCGAACAACUCAUGGAGGAAUUAGCAGCAUCCAUCCAGAAGAUGCUCACGGAACCCGGCUUCUUCGAUUCAGCCAACCACAAGAUGGAAGAGCUGAAGGAAAAGUCGAAAGAAGUAGGAACGGAUUCGCCGUUACGGAAAGAUAUCGAUGCUCUGCUCCAGCAAGCCCGCAAGACGUUCGACUCGGUCAUGAACGACCAAGACGUCUCAAAGCUUCUACAAACCUCUUUGCGGCUCUGGAACCUCCUCUCGCCAGCCAGGCAAGCCACAAACCCCGAGCUGCUCACAGACACUUACACAAUCUUCAUCCCUCUCUUCAUCCAAGCAAUCCAAUACCUUCCCAUCCCCCGCCUCGAAAUCUCCGUCCCCGAAAUCGACCUCCUGCUCGAGAAUCUGAUCCUCGAGCCUGGACGGACAAUAAACAACACUUCGUUCCUCCCCUUCCGCCUCAAAGUUGAGACAUAUAACGAUUUAUCCAUCAGAAAAGCUCGUUUUCGCACAGUAAGCACGAUGAAGUCUAUGGUAACCAUCAAAGUCCAAGGCCUAUCCAUCCGUGCCGAUGAAGUUGGCUUCUGGUUGCGCGCUCACAAAGGCCUCCUCCGCCUAGCCGACGAAGGAAUCGCGUCCUUCGAGCUCGACGACCGCGGAAUUGACGUUGAGCUUGACGUCGAAGUUGGCAAAGAGCGACUCGAGAAGAUCCUCACUUUGCAGAACGUGAGAGUCAAGAUCCACCAUCUGAGCUACACUUUAAGAAAGAGCAAGUUUGCAUGUUUAGCUUGGCUCUUCAAACCUUUACUACGUCCGAUUUUGAGGAAGGUGCUGGAGAGACAGUUAGCGACUACUAUCGGAGAUUUCUUCCAUGCUGCGAAUCGCGAGUUGUUGUUUGCGAGGGAGCGGCUGAGGGCAACGCGGAUUUCGGACCCGAAGGAUCUUAUGACGUUCGUUAAGGCAGUGCUGACAAGAUUGACUCCCGCGGAAGAUCCAGAUUUGUAUACAAAUGUUGGGGUCAGGGGUGCUGCUGAUCAGAGAGGCAAUAUCUUUGCGGGAGUUUAUGCGCCGGGGAGUGUGGUGAAGCUGUGGGAUGAGGAGGCGGCUAGGGCGGGUGAGGUGGUGGAUGAUAAUGCGAGUCAAGGGUGGAGGAAUGAGAUCUUUGAUGUGCAGGCUCGGUCUAUGUUCUAA